AACAAUCUUAGAGAUGGAACCAGUCUAUUCUUGGGGAAACACGCAUCUUGACUUCGUCGAUCCGGAGAUCUACGACCUAAUCGAGAAGGAGAAACAUCGUCAAUGUCGAGGAAUCGAACUCAUAGCAGCCGAGAAUUUCACUUCCGUGGCCGUCAUGGAAGCUCUCGGAAGUUGCUUAACCAACAAAUACUCGGAAGGUAUGCCUGGUAAUCGUUACUACGGAGGUACCGAGUUCAUCGAUGAGAUAGAGAGUCUCUGCCGCUCACGCUCUCUCGAAGCCUUCCAUUGCAAUCCAGAGAAAUGGGGCGUUAACGUUCAGCCUUACUCUGGUUCCCCUGCGAAUUUCGCAGCCUACACCGCCUUGCUCCAGCCUCAUGAUCGUAUCAUGGGGCUUGAUUUGCCAUCAGGUGGUCAUAUAACGCAUGGUUACUAUAGCUCUGGUGGGAAGAACAUCUCCGCGACCUCGAUCUACUUUGAAAACCUUCCCUACAAGGUGGAUUCCAAGACUGGUUACAUUGAUUACGACAAACUUGAGGAGAAAGCUAUGGAUUUUAGGCCUAAGUUAAUUAUCUGUGGAGGCACUUCUUACCCUAGGGAAUGGGAUUACGCGAGAUUCAGGGCUGUCGCCGACAAGGUUGGAGCUUUUUUGCUCUGUGAUAUGGCUCAUAACAGUGCCCUCGUUGCUGCUCAGGAAGCCGCAGACCCGUUCGAGUACUGUGACGUUGUGACAACGUCAACUCACAAGAGCUUGAGAGGUCCAAGGGCUGGUAUGAUCUUUUAUAGAAAGGGACCAAAACCAGCCAAGAAGGGCCAACCCGAGGGUGAAGUCUACGAUUUCGACGCAAAAAUCAACUCUGCGGUAUUCCCUGCGCUUCAAAGUGGUCCUCACAAUAACAAGAUUGGUGCUCUAGCUGUUGCGUUGAAGCAGGUUAUGGCUCCUAGCUUCAAAGUUUAUGCAAAACAGGUGAAAGCUAAUGCUGCUUGCCUUGCAAGCUACCUAAUAAAUAAGGGAUAUACUCUUGUAACCGAUGGAACUGAUAACCACCUUAUUCUUUGGGAUCUUCGCCCUCUUGGAUUGACCGGUAACAAGGUUGAGAAGGUUUGUGAAUUGUGCUACAUUACUUUGAACAGGAAUGCGGUAUUCGGAGACACUAGUUUUCUUGCUCCCGGAGGUGUAAGAAUCGGUAUGAGGGAGUUGUGAAUUGUUCUUAACAACGACCAACUGAAUUUCAUUGUUUGAAUCUCUAUAAAUUUUGAAGGUACACCGGCGAUGACAUCGAGAGGAUUGGUGGAGAAGGACUUUGAGAAGAUAGGAGAGUUCCUGCACCGUGCCGUGACAAUCACGUUGGACAUCCAGGAGCAGUACGGUAAGGUGAUGAAGGACUUCAACAAGGGUUUGGUGAACAACAAGGAGAUCGAUGAGAUAAAGGCUGACGUUGAGGAGUUCACGUACGAUUUUGAUAUGCCUGGAUUUUUCAUCUCUGAGUCAAGGAACGAUUAGAGAUCUCUCACUCUCUACCCAAUAGUAAUCUUCUGUUAUUUGUGUUUUUGUAUGUUAAGCAAGCAAACAAUAAAAAACUAAUAAGCUUCAGUUAUUUUUUCUUCUUGACUAUUUUAUUUCGUUGGAUUUCUUAAUAGUAACAGCAAAUUUACUAUAUUUAACGAAUAAAUACAG